AUGCCGCACGACCACAUCCACGAGAAGCGUGCGGCGCAGAGGACGUCGGGGCUGGAGAAGCUGCUGGGCGGGCUGUUCCCCAAGGGCAACCCGGCCAUGUCGUCGCUGCUGGCCACCUUUUACAUUUCGCUGUUCCCGAACCUGAUUCUGUUUGCCACGCCGUCGUCCAUUCCCAACAGGGCGCUGCGGGUGAUGGUCGGCUUUGCCGUGGGCGGGCUGCUCGGUGAUGUGUUUCUGCACCUGCUUCCGCAUAUGUUCUCGGAUGGCCACGAUCACCACGGCCACAGCCAUAGCCACGACGACGACGUGCCUGAGGCGACGCGCAACACUGUGUAUGGAUGCGCAAUCUUCGUCGGCCUGCUGGUGUUUGUUGUAGUGGACAAGUUUAUGCGUAUCUUUGGAGACGGCCACUCGCACGGCCACUCGCAUGGCCACUCGCAUGGCCACUCGCACAGCGCGAAGCCCACAGCGGCCGCAUCGAGCUCAAGGCAGGUGAAGAUGUCAGCGUAUCUGAAUCUGAUCGCCGAUGCCACCCACAACUUCACCGACGGGCUGGCCAUGGCUGCGUCGUUCUACCUGAGCCAUGCUGCGGGCCUGUCGACCUUUGUCGCCGUGUUCUUCCACGAGAUCCCCCACGAGCUGGGCGACUUUGCCAUUCUGGUGCAGUCUGGGUUCUCGCGGUCGUCGGCCCUGGCGUCGCAGUUCUUUACCGCCCUGGGCGCCAUUGCCGGUACCAUUGCCGGCAUUCUGAUCGAGGAGGCCGGCAAGUUCGUGUCGGGUCUCCUGGGCCUGUUCCCAGCGACCGUGGCCGGUGUUCCGUGGAGUAAGCUUGUUAUUCCCUUCACGGCCGGCGGAUUCAUUUAUGUCGGCACUGUGUCGGUGCUGCCCGAUCUGCUGCAGCCCGAUGAGGAGGAGGAGCAACAUGGGGAGCGCCAGAGCAAGGUCAGCGAGGAGCUGCGGCUGAAGCGCAAUGUGAACAUGGCCCUGGUCGAGAUUGCCGCAAUGCUGGUCGGCCUGGCCAUCAUGGCCGUCAUUGCCCUCAACGAGGAGUAGAGCGUCCAUAGAUGAUAUCUAAAAGCUUCAUUCUCAUUUUUCGUUUCCCUCAUAAAAGCCCUGUUUCUAAAUGAAAACCCCCCAGCCCUAUGUGUCCCGGUGUUUGAAGAUCCCGACCACGACCGUGUCGAUUCUCCGCACCAAAACAACCAUGUUCUCCGCCUCGAUCUUUGCCACCGGCGAAUACACCACCUCGGCGUUAGGCUGCGACAGAAAGUUCUCUGACCGGUUGGCAAUGGCUGCCACCAGCCCGGCUGCCUCCUCCGGGAUGUUGUCGCCCCUGGUUGCCAAGCACAGCCCGCUGUCGUCCGUGACUACUACGCCAAACACUGUCCGGUCGCUUUCGAUCAGCGAGUCGAUGAUAUUGUCGAUUUCUGCUUCCAUAUGUUAGAGCUAUGUGAGGAUAUGUAGUGGGGCUGUGCCCCAGGCGCGCGCGCUUGCGGAGAUAGGAUAUGUGCAUAUUGCGCUAUGCUGUUCUUGUGGGUGGGAAAAG